CAGCAAUAACUGCUAGAGACGGAGAGGCUGCGUUCGGGGUUCUUCUGCUCGCUGUGCUCAGCCCAACAGCGGGAACAGAACCGGAUUAAAAACACCGACACAGCCCCCGGGAUCUACGGGAUAACAAACAUACCGAGCCACCCCCUCCCCCACCCCCACCCCCCCGGACUUCCAGUGGGACAGAGCGGAGGCAGGCCGGGGGUCGAUGGACCGGGGAGCCUGCCUGUCUGUUCGCCCUGCAGACAGCGAGACAAAGCGGGACAGAAGACGAGCUGGAGUUCUGUAGACAAUGUGAGCGGCGGACAUCACGGAGAGGGGUACGGCUGUGAAGGUCCAGAUGUUGGCCUGAUGACGACGCUCCAUAAUCUGACACUCCGAGGACACACAACAACACGUGCUGCUGGGACACGAAGAAGAACCGUGGAAGACUGAGCGAGACACGGAGAGGACACUCAGACAGUAAACACGGAGCUUGGAUGUAAAGAGGACAACAUGACGUCCCAGAUGUGGACCCAUCUCCCUAUCCUCGUCUUGGUCGUGGUCUUGGUCCCGUCUUGCUCCGUCCUGGCGGCUCGCUCAGACAGGAACCCGCCGUUCGAGGAAUAUGUCUACGCCACGGUGAACGCCACGGUGCUGGACGGACGAGGGAACAACAUCCACAUGAUGAGUAGUGACGAGGGGACGUAUGGACAGAACUCCCCGAAAGUGGACACCCGGGGGGUCGUCAUCGCACCUUCACCACAUCACGGAGUGGUGGAUCGGCAGGGCUGCGACCCAAACACUCGCUUCCUGGUCCCUCCUCGAAACAUCCACUGGGUGGCACUGCUACAAAGAGGAAACUGCACCUUUAGAAAGAUCCUGAAGGCGGCCGCGUACAACGCCACGGCGGUCCUCAUCUACAACAACUCCACCAACAAGACGGUGAAGAUGGGCCAUGAGGGUACAGGCGAUACGGUGGCUGUGAUGAUCACAGAGGCAUACGGGAAAGAGAUCCUGGCCCACCUGGAGAGGAACCUGACGGUCGUGGUGUCAGUUUUGGUGGGCGACCGCGGCUCAUCCAAGAACAUGAACCGAGGUUCUCUGGUCUUUGUGUCCAUCUCCUUCAUAGUCCUCCUCAUCAUCUCGUCAGCCUGGCUCGUCUUCUACUUCAUCCAGAAGAUCCGCUACACCAACGCCCGCGACCGCAGCCAGCGCCGUCUUGGCGAUGCAGCAAAAAAAGCUAUCGGGAAACUGACCACGAGGACGGUGAAGAAAGGAGACAAGGAGACUGAUCCAGACUUCAACCACUGUGCCGUGUGUAUAGAAGCAUAUCAGCUGAACGACGUGGUCAGAAUUCUGCCCUGCAAACAUGUCUUCCAUAAGGUGUGUGUGGACCCCUGGCUGAACGAGCACUGCACCUGUCCCAUGUGUAAACUCAACAUCCUCAAAGCUCUGGGCAUCAUGACCAGUCUUCCCUGCGUGGACAGCGUGGUGUUGGAUGUGGAUCGUCUCGGUGUUGGUCAGACCUCCAGCAGCCAGAGGGCACCACUGAAUGACAGCAACCAGCCGUCCAUUAGCCUGGAGCCACUAAGCCCGCCCCACCCUGAGGUCACGCCCAGAACACCUGCUGACAUCAGCAUCGCUGUGACCAGCGGAGGUGGUCAUUUUUUCAACAGGAACACAAUGUCUCCUCACAGUGUCGUCUGUGAUGUGGAGCUGCCAGACAUCCACCCAUCACUUGAUCUCUAUGACGACAACAAGUCCUGAGGCCCAUUGUCAUGGUUAGCCCCCCCCUCCCCCCGACCCCCCGCCCCAGGGACCACUUCCUGCUGAUGGGACGCAGAGGUGUUUCCUGCACGGGGGAUCUGAAAACCUUUCAGAGUAUAUUUCUUUUUUUUUUUGUCCCAUCAGACCAUUUUAGUUUCCCCAGAAGAAGAAGAAGAAACUCUUUGGAGGACCUGCAGCAGUAAUCAGGAGACUUUGUUGAAAACUUAAAAAAAAAAAAAUGAUCCAAGUUCAACUCCAGAUCUACCAGAACCAGUAACCAGAUCUAGACUCUGGUAAACUAGACCUGAUGUGGUUCUGGACACAGUUCUCAGGGGUUCCUUAGGACCUGGGAUAUUUUCCUGAGAAGUUUCUCUCGAAGGAUGUCAGAUGUCUUUGUUGCCCUGAUUUCUCAAACAGUUCCCGGGUUCUGAGUGCCUGAAAGUACCUGGGCUCCUAGGAACUUUACAGAGAUACAAGAAUGUGUGUUGAUGAAAUCUUUGAUGGAAUCUGAACAGGUUCCAUAAAACAGAUCCUCUAUCUCUUGAGGUUCUGGAACAUUUUUCUGUAAAGGGGUCAUGGGUAUUUGUAAAUGUUUCUGAGGUCUUAAAGAGGUUCUAGAAACAUUCCUGAGGUAUUAAAGAGUUCCUGGAUAUUCAGAGACGUUUCAGAAACGCUGGAGUUCUUCAAAGACUUCCUGUUCUUGGAAAAGUUCCUGAGCUCCUGAAAGGUUCCUUAAGUUGUUCACCUAAAACAAACAGGAGCUUCACACCUGGAUCAUGAAUCUGGAACCAGGAUCAGAGGAGGACCUGACUCCUCACCUGAGACUCUGGACAAAACAAUUGUGAACUCCAACAGUGUUAUCUUCCUGUAGCAAAAAAAAAAAAAGUUCUGUUUAUGUAGAACAAAGAUGUCGGAUCAGUCGGAACCUUCAGGAAACCUCCAGAUCUGUAAGACAAUGUGAGGACGUCCUCAGGGAACCGUCCCGGGGACAUGUCGUCAUGAUACCAGAAUUUUGAACUUUGAUAUGAUUCUAGUAAAAAUCUAACAAUAUUAAAUCCUGUUUGACAUUUCCAAAAAGAAAUGUUGCCGAUGUUAGACAGUGUGCAAACAGAUGAUGUUGUUUUUAGAGCCUCUACUUUUUUUUUGAUACUGUUGAUCAUCAAAAUAUCUGACUGCAUUUAAAACACGUGGUAUCCAAAAUUAUUGAACUAUUGACCAUUCCUACAACCUUUCAUCCUGGGUCUUACACUUAACUUACCAAUGUUGUCAAAAUGAAACCAAAUGUUUUUAAAAACAACAAAGUAUCAACAGUAACAAAAGGUUUAAGAAACUUGUAUUUUGACCCAAAACCUGCUGCAAGAGAAAGAGAGUGAUGGGUCGAUACCCUAAAGAUGUCUAAAUUGCUUAAAAAACAUUUGCCAUGUUUCGUUACCCAAACGUUGCCAAAGUUGUCUUUUUUUUGGCAAUUUAGACAGUUUGAAGGAGUUUGUCUGUAGUUUUUUUUUUUAUAAUUAAAGACAAUAAAUUACAUUUGAUUUUUGAUUUUGUUGCCGUGGUAUCAAACAGGUAUCGCUAUAGUCAAUUUUUACUCUGAACAUAUUGAAGUCUAAAAAUUCUGGUAUUGUGACGACCCUACUUAUUAAAGCUAACAAAAAUGUAAAAGGACAGUGCCUCAUGUUCUCUUCUCUACAGUCAUGGAGAAGACUGUUAGCUUAGCUUAGCACAAACACAGAAAGCAGGAGAACAUUAACCUGCCUACAGUCAGUCUUUAGCUCGUUAGCUCACCAGCUGAUCGUAACGGCAUCCUGUAGUCGGCUGGUCAAGGCAACACAUCUGAGGACCCUGUCAGCCAAUCGGAAGCCUUCUUGAGUCAGUUAAGUCACUUCCUGAAAGUAAAUAACAAAUGGACUGUCCUUCAUUGUCAGAGGUCUCCUGAAGUGUCAGACUGCUCCUUUAAAGUGUAAAAACAGCUUGUGAUGACUCGGCGUGUUAAUAAUCAGCCUCAGUGUGGGGAUCAAUAUAUAAACAGCAUUAUACAAUCUAUAACCUGAUCAUUAUAUUAUAAGUGACCUGAACACCUGCUGACGGUAUGUGUGUGUGUGUGUGUGAGUGUGAGAGAGUGUGUAUGCGUGUGUGUGUGUUGCUUCAGUUCACUGUGUCUCUUACUGCCUCAGCAUUAAAGUGUCAUUAUUGCCUUGAA